GCGGGGGCUGAAGGUGGCUUGCGGUCAGUUGCGCCAUCCGCCCACUCUGCCCUGGAGCUCCACCACAAAGGUCCUCACGCUAUGGAUACAGCCAGGGACUAUGCCGGAACGCUGAUAAGGCCCUUGACUUUUGUGGGAUCACAAACCAAACGAAUCCUAUUAACUCCCCUCAUGCAUUCAUCUCGGCCUUUCCGGGUCUCCAAUCAUGACCGAAGCAGCCGGCGUGGGGUGACAGCCAACACACUGAAGGAACUCAUUGGCAAGACCCUGGAUGCCCUAGCAAUUACUACUGGGCUGGUUACUUUAGUAUUGGAGGAAGAUGGCACAGUUGUGGAUACCGAAGAAUUCUUUCAGACCCUAGGAGAUAAUACACAUUUCAUUGUCUUGGAAAAAGGACAGAAGUGGACAUUGGGUCCUAAAUAUGUUACUCAGAAGCAAAAAAAGUCUGGAAUAGCAAGAGUCACUUUUGACUUGUAUAAGAUGAAUCCCAAAGACUUUCUUGGAUGCUUAAAUGUGAAAGCCACCAUGUAUGAGAUAUAUUCUGUGUCCUAUGACAUCAAAUGCACAUCUGCCAAAGCUGUGCUGAGGCACUUCUUGCGGUUUAUGUCCUAUGCUGCCCAAGUCACCGGACAGUUUCUCAUCUACACUGGGAAUUAUAUGUUACGUUUGCUUAAUGACACUGAUGAUUCUCCUUCUCCUCCUCCUCCUCCUCUGAAACCAACACCCAAGGGGUGGCUCCUAUAGAGGGACAGUGCCUUGCAUUAAAGGGAUUGUAGCUGGCUCCAUUAGUUUCCUUCCCAAUGUUAACUUUUAAAUGAUUGGUUUCAGGGAUGCUACCUUAUAUUUUUAGACACAUCAUUUGCAGAUAGUUGGCCACUACUACUCAAUACUAAUGAUUCAGGUAAAAGUUAGCUAUGGCCAGCUUUUUUCCUAGGAAUUUCCUUUUUUUUCCUAGGAAAUUCCUUUGUACUAAUGAGCCUGGAAGAAAGGAUAUACGCAAUAUGUUUUGAUGGCUUACUGCAGUCGGCAGGGCUCUCCAUAUAUCUAUAUGUGUGUCUCUGAAAGCUAGCUUUCAUGUGGAAUCACACCUCUACCAAGUAAAUGUUGGAAAAGUACUUAUGGAUCUUCAGUCUGGAUCACUGAUAGUAUGAAAGAAAUAAAAAACUGGCAAAUAGUA